AACGCCCUGAGAGAAGGGAACAUGAGGAUAUUUACUCCAGCUGUUUAGUUUAAGUGACUGGAAAUGAGUUCACCUCUGUCCAUGCUGAAGAAAACAAAACGAGUUCCACUGCAGGGCCUGCACAGUGAUCAAUGGGGCAGAGAGAAGGUGUCCUUCAGAGGGAAUCUGCUAACAGAAUUUCAGGCAGAAGUCGUCCAAAAUGAUGGUGGUGAUGAUUCUUCUGAUCCAAGUUCUCUACAAACAUCAUGCAGUGAUGUUUCCAAGGCCAAGUCAAAAUCUCUACUAAAGAAAGCAGGUCCUCCACCAAGUGACUUUGAGCUCAUGUCAGUCAUGAUGCAGCGAGUGAAUCUGCUGGAGAAAAUACUGAAGAGCCAAGCACAGGAGCUGGAGACAAAAGAUCAGAAAAUCUCCAUGCUUGAGAAAAAGCUGAGGCUUCGGGAAGAAUCAGUGUCACAUGACCUGAAUGGCAGAGAUGAUGUUGAGAGCAGGUGCCAACAACUCCAGAAUCAAGUGAAUGACAUGGAGCGCUUCCUGAAUGACUAUGGUUUGAUCUGGGUGGGAGAAGAGAGGAGCAGUGACUCAGGGGAGUGUGAGCUCACACACAGCUCAGAAGCCUCUAGGAUCAGGGAUUUCCAUCUGGACUUUGACCUUGUGCUGCAUAGGAUCAUGGAUUUGAACAUCCUGACAGGAGAGGGAGAGUCUUUUGUGCAGUCGACACCCACUGGGGCACAGCUGGUGAAGAAGAACCCGGUUCAACUGAGGCUCUACAGCAAUGGCAUUGUCAUGUUCGACGGUCCCUUUCGCUCUUAUCAGGAACACAGCACGCAGCAGUUUAUACAAGAUGUGAUGGACGGGUAUUUUCCCUCCGAGCUCCAGAAACGAUUUCCACACGGGGUUCCCUUUGAGGUUUUUGAUAAGCGUGAUGAGGAAUUUAUCUUCAAGCAACCGUGGGAAAGAUUUCCUGGAGAAGGUCGGACUGUUUGUGGCAAGAAAGAAGAAUCAUCAAAUGUUCGACGCUACCAGACCACAGGUCUGUCCUGGAAACAAAAGUCUGACACUGACUCCAGAAAUCCUCAGUCUGUAUUUUCACCUCUGUAUUUCUUUUCUGGAAACACAGGCAACAAACUGACCAUGGAUCAGUUUCUGAACAGGAUGCCCAAAGUGGUGAUAAAGGCUGGGAAAGUGAUUGGUGUCAGGAAGUCAUUGAGAGAGAUGCUGCAGGGUUCAUCUGAUGCCCAGUGUAGUGACUCAGUGAUCCACAUAGACACAGCUGCUCUGGAGGCAAGGAAGGAGAGGUUGCAGAUAUUCCCGUCUGACCGUACAUCCUGUGACAUCAUCACCCUGAAAGUGAAGUCUGAAGAUGGCAGUCAGACCUACAUGCUAAAAAUGUUCUUCUCUGAAACCAUGGGCCACCUCAGGAAGUACCUGGACCAUCACAGAGGCGAUGACCAUCCUGGUUAUGACAUCAUCAGCACAUUCCCAAGGUGCUGCUAUGAAGACACGACAAGGACGCUACAAUCCUACGGCCUGACCUCCAAUGCUACACUGAUGCUGAGGAAGACUCAACACUCUCAUCCAGUACCUGCUGUUAAAUAAACUGUAAAGGUGUU